AACCCAAUAACAAAUGUGCUGAUAGGUGAUAUUGGGAGGAUCAUUCCGGUUGAGAGACGGGGUCGAGGCAGGCGGUGGGGAAUGGGCAAAGCGAAAUUAUUUGGUUGGGGAGUUGCGAUCGUUAUCUUCGUUGUUUUGAUGAUUGUAACUCCUUCGAUUCCUCAGUCACAAGAGUACCACAACUUCGCAGAUCAGCGCAAGCUCUUCUUAGGUAUACCGAAUACACUCAAUGUUAUAUCCAACAUCCCUUACCUUAUAGUGGGUGUUGUUGGGCUUAUACUUUGCUAUUAUGGAAAUUACUUUAAAUUGAGCUUGGAAGGAGAGCUAUGGGGUUGGUCAUGCUUUUUCGUUGGUGUAGGUGCAGUUGCUUUUGGGUCCUCCUACUACCAUGCAAUGCCAAAUGAUGCUCGACUUAUUUGGGAUCGCUUACCUAUGACAAUUGCCUUCACAUCCAUUGUGGCAAUCUUCAUCAUUGAGAGAGUUGAUGAGAAAACUGGAACCGCAUCCAUUGCACCCCUCAUUGUGGCCGGUGUAAUUAGUAUUUUGUAUUGGAGGUUUUUUGAUGAUCUUCGCCCAUAUGCUGUUGUUCAGUUUCUUCCAUGUAUUGCAAUACCUUUAAUGACUAUCCUAAUGCCUCCAAUGUACUCACAUUCUACAUAUUGGCUGUGGGCAGCAGCAUUUUAUCUACUAGCAAAAGUAGAAGAGGCGGAGGAUAAACCUAUCUAUAAGCUCACCCAUCAUGUUGUCAGUGGCCACACGCUGAAGCAUCUUUGCUCGGCAAUGGUUCCCAUUUUCUUAACUCUCAUGCUUGCAAAGAGGGAUGUUGAAACUGAGAGGAAGAGCUUGCUUCAUAAGUGGAAAGGCUACUGGAUAAAGUGCGAGUAUACUGUUGUUUCAACUACAGAAUGAUAGAAUGGUGGUAUAAAGUACGUUCUCCAGGGGCUCAUUUGGCUGCUUCAAGUUGAAUAGUUGGAUAUAAUUAGGGGAAAUUUACAUACUUAGCACACAAUUCUUAUGUAUUCACAUCUCAUACCAAAAUUUUCAUGGGACUUUGAUGCUUUAAACCUAUGCAUGAAAAA